UGUCACACUUUUUAUCAGUGCACGUUUCUGUCACAUUUUGUUUCGGAGUGUAAAGGAGUGACAAGCCGCGAGUCGCUCUCCGGCCGCUGUGGUGCUGAACUUCUCUACAGUUUUGCCUGUUCUUUAGCAGAACUUAAAAAAACAAGUGUCCUCUUGAGCUAAGACUGACAUGCUAGUUUUACGACCUACACAUUUAUUUUUUCGACUUCAGCCCAACGUAAAGCUCGAGAAGCGCGAUACUUUACAUGAAAUUUACAUGUGAACUGCGCUUCCGUGUCGGAACUCUCGCGUUAAGUGCGGAAUUGGCGGGAAAGGGCAAUUGGCGCGAGCUGCGGCACAGCGCGGGACUGUAACCGGAGCGGUGUCUGGGUCUGAAAGUAGCGGAAAACAUUAAUAAAGGGACAACAGCAACAUUAAUAAAAUAUCAACUGAAAGAACCAGCAUGAUUGGCCAGAAGACAAUCCACUCUUUCUUUUCCCCUGUGGUGAAAAAGAGGCUUUCGGACGGGAAUGCUGAGGGAGAAACCAAGUCAAAGGAUGAUGACGUGUCCGGGCUGAAGAAGCUGAGAUGCGGCAGCGACGCACCACCGGGUUCCCCUCCGCUGAGUCCCGAGCAGCUGCAGCGGAUCGAGCAGAACAAGCAGGCCGCGCUGGAGAGACUGGCUGCCCGCAAUGUGCCGCCGGGGUUCGGGGAGAGCUGGAGGAGAGCGCUGAGCGCCGAGUUCGGGAAGCCCUACUUCUCCAAGCUCAUGUCCUAUGUGGCGGGAGAGAGGAGUCGACACACCGUCUACCCGCCUCCCGAUCAAGUGUUUUCCUGGACUCAGAUGUGUGCCAUCCAGGAUGUGAAGGUGGUUAUUUUGGGUCAGGACCCCUACCACAACCCCAGUCAGGCCCAUGGGCUCUGCUUCAGCGUACAGAAGCCGGUUUCACCCCCACCCAGUUUGGAGAACAUGUACAAAGAACUGUCCGUGGAUAUAGAAGGCUUCCAGCAUCCUGGACACGGGGACCUCACAGGAUGGGCCAAACAGGGUGUCCUCCUGCUGAACGCCGUGCUAACAGUUCGAGCACACCAAGCUAACUCUCACCGUGACCAGGGCUGGGAAACCUUCACAGAUGCUGUGGUCCUCUGGCUUAACGCAAACUUGGAUGGUCUAGUCUUUAUGCUAUGGGGAGCUUAUGCCCAGAGAAAGGGCGAUGUCAUUAACCGGAAACGGCACCAUGUCCUGCAAGCGGCGCACCCUUCCCCCUUCUCCGUACACCGUGGCUUCUUUGGCUGCAGGCACUUCUCCAAGACUAAUGAGCUGCUGCAGCGCUCAGGGAAGAAGCCCAUUGACUGGGCAGCGCUCUGAGUUCCCAGGUGCCCUGCUCUGCAAGUAUCCCGAGUGAACACUCAUUCGCUUCAGUUUUGUUCUGCUGUUCUACCAUAUCACAUGCAGGAAGUUUGUUUCUGCAGCUCAGCGGGUUGCAGGUUUCCUGGAAAAUUUCAUAAUUUUACUUCAUGCAAUGAAGUAUAACAGUGAAUAAGUAGAUUUGAAUCUAAUAAUCGAGACAUAGAAGACAGUAAUAAUGUUACGUAUUAUGUUGAGAAGUACAGUAAGGUACAAAGUUCAGAUUGUUAGCUGAAAACUUUUUUGAUGACACCCUGCUUUAAGAGCUUACACUGAAAGCAUUGAUAAAACCCAUUCAAAAACAGUUGUAUCUGUUGUGUU